AGCUGGUGAGAAUCGAGAAAACAGUCAAAGGUCAAGUAGUAGCUUGGACCAAUUUGAGACCGAGAUACGUGUACAUUACGUGCGCUAAUGUCGCUUAACCUGGUUAACAAAGACCGUGCCAGGCUGAACGUAACCGAGGGAAAGAUGUCGCACCACCGUCCUCAAUGUGGCAAGAGUUUUACUGAAGAGGGGAAUGUUUCCAAGGCCAAGUUGAAGACGGCAAAAGUGGUUCUAAAGGACUGCCUGGCAACUGGAGGACAACGAGGAAAGAAGAGGUUCUUCUGCUGCGAGUGUGGCGGCACUUUCUCUGAGCGUGGCGGUCUCAAAAAACACCAGCUCACCCACACAGGAGAUAAGCCAAAUCACUGUGCUCAGUGUGGUGCGAGCUUCGCACAAAAGGGAGCUCUCAGGCGUCAUGAGCGCAUUCACACAGGAGAGAAGCCUCACAAGUGCACGCAGUGUGGGAAAGAGUUUGCCCGUGCAAGCAAUCUCAAAGUCCACGAGCGAACUCACACAGGAGGGAAGCUGGGGCGCUCCUAUAGCGGCGGAAAGAUGUCGCACCACCGUCCUCAAUGUGGCAAGAGUUUUACUGAAGAGGGGAACGUUUCCAAGGCCAAGUUGAAGACGGCAAAAGUGGUUCUAAAGGACUGCCUGGCAACUAGAGGACAACGAGGAAAGAAGAGGUUCUUCUGCUGCGAGUGUGGCGGCACUUUCUCUGAGCGUGGCGGUCUCAAAAAACACCAGCUCACCCACACAGGAGAGAAGCCAAAUCACUGUGCUCAGUGUGGUGCGAGCUUCGCACAAAUAGGAGCUCUCAGGCGUCAUGAGCGCAUUCACACAGGAGAGAAGCCUCACAAGUGCACGCAGUGUGGGAAAGAGUUUGCCCGUGCAAGCAAUCUCAAAGUCCACGAGCGAACUCACACAGGAGGGAAGCUGGGGCGCUCCUAUAGCGGUAGCAAGGGUCUCUCUGCUGGGGGGAAAAGUGACAAAGAAAACACUGGAGAGAGACCAUACCACUGCUCUCAGUGUGGUAAGGGCAUCACUACACAGCAAGGUCUGACCAUACACAUGCGUAAACAUACAGGAGAGAAGCCAUACAAAUGCACACUUUGUAAGAGGAGUUUCAGGAGUAAUUCAGAAUUCACAAAACACCGGCGCCUUCACACAGGAGAGAAACCUUACCCCUGCACCCAGUGUGACAAGAGGUUCCGCACUGGGACAGAAGUUCAGAUGCACCUGCGCGUCCACACAGGAGAGAAACCAUACAGCUGCGCCGACUGUGGGAAGAACUUUUCCCAAAUAUCUAACCUCAGAAAACACCAGCGCACUCACACAGGGGAGAAGUCUGUCCUAUGAGCCUUUUUUUCUUUUUUUGAGGCUUUUAUUAAUGUUACAUGUCUGCUGUGAGAGUACACAAUGUUAUUUGCAGCAUUGGUUUUGAAAAAUGCGAAUCUGUGGAAAUAAAUGUUAUUUGCAGCAUUGGUUUUGAAAAAUGCGAAUUUGGAAAUAAAAAUGUUAUUUGCAGCAUUGGUUUUGAAAAAUGCGAAUCUGAGGAAAUAAAAAUGUUAUUUGCAGCACUGGUUUUGAAAAAUGUGAAUCUGUGGAAAUAAAAAUGUUAUUUACAGCAUUGGUUUUGAAAAAUGCGAAUCUGGAAAUAAAAAUGUUAUUUGCGGCAUUGGUUUUGAAAAAUGCGAAUCUGUGGAAAUAAAAAUGUUAUUUGCA